GACGCCGCGAGCCGUACUCCGCGUGAAAAAUGCCCAGCCGCGCUUGGCCAAGCCGGCCGACCCGGGCCCGACGGCGGGCCUCUACAUGGAGAGGUCGCAGAGCCGCAUCAGUCUGUCGGCGUCCUUUGAGGCCCUCGCCAUCUACUUCCCCUGUAUGAACUCCUUUGAUGAGGAUGAUGGUGUGGAUACAGAUGGCAGGAAGUUGAAGGGAGGCAUCCAGAGGAGCACGGAGACGGGUCUGGCUGUGGAGAUGCCCAGUCGGACCGUUCGGCAGGCCAGCCACGAGUCCAUAGAGGACAGCAUGAACAGCUAUGGCUCCGAAGGGAAUCUUAACUACAGCGGCAUGUGCCUGGCGUCCGAUGCUCAGUUCAGUGACUUCCUGGAUGGGAUGGGACCGGCCCAGUUUGUUGGGCGGCAGACUCUGGCAACAACAUCCAUGGGUGAUGUAGAGAUCGGUCUGAUGGAGCGGAACGGUGGACUGGAGGUGGAGGUCGUCCAGGCCAGAGGCCUCACCAUGAAGCCAGGUUCAAAGGGACCUCCAGCGGCCUACAUUAAAGUUUACCUUCUGGAGAACGGGAUCUGUGUGGCCAAGAAGAAGACCAAGUCAGUGAGAAAGUCUCUGGAUCCUCUCUAUAACCAGGUCCUGGUCUUCUCUGAGAGCCCACAGGGGAAAGUGGUGCAGGUUAUCGUUUGGGGCAACUAUGGACGGAUGGACCGCAAAUGCUUCAUGGGUGUUGCUCGAAUCCUAUUGGAGGAGCUGGACCUCAGCACGAUGGUGAUUGGCUGGUACAAGCUUUUCCCUACCUCCUCCAUGGUGGAUCCAACAAUGGCACCACUUAUCCGUCACUCAUCCCAAAUGUCGCUGGAGAGCACCAUCGGGCCCUGUUGUGAGCGAUCAUAAGACUCACGCUGAAAUGUAUAGUUUUGAUGCUGCCGCUAAGUUUCCAUUGCUUCAACCAAGCCCAGAGAUUUUUUUAUACCCUGUAUUGCUGCACCUGGGUCAGCCAGGCAGUGCUGCCCCUGGAGCAGGUAGGUGUUCAGCAUCUCACUCAAGGGCACUUUGUCAGGCCCAGCUAUACCGGGGAAUGAAUCACUACCCUGAUUUGGAAAUUAAUUUACCAACCAGUCGGUCAUCCUGGCUCUCAUUGGAAAUGUGUUAUAAUUCCUUUGAUAUAGUAUCAGACUAUUUCCUGAGACUCAUGGGAAGCACAUUUCUUUUGUUGUUGUAACCGACCGCCCCUCAGACUCGAAGGAAAUUUUUUUUUUUCUCCUCAGAUCUCUUUGAAAAAAAAAACAAAAACCUUCUUAAUGAGGAUACUUCAAAGGAGGGUUUGGUUGCUGGCAUUGAUUACAUCCUAUUGGGACCACGAUACACUGCAGGCUCAGCUUUGCUUCAGUUACAGCCCUUCUUUACAGCCUACAUUCAAUUUUCAUUCCCAGGACUGCUUGUUGUCUUUCUGUGUCUUCAUUAAGGGGCUGGACAGCUCCUGAGUGUUGUCUCACCACGAGUCCCGGGAGAAAGUGAAACUGUCCUCAGAUUGUUUGACAAACCCACCAUCUCAUUUUGCUGGAGCGCUGUUGGUGAAUGGAUGUGUGCAUAGCAGAACUUGGGAGGCUUUCAAAGAAUAUAUAAAAUUAGGUGUUGUAACUGACCAAGACACUACUUGGUUUUUAGCACUUGAGCUGUUUUACAUUUCUUGUGUCACACACUUGGCCCGUCAUUAUUCACUUUAUUUGGUAAUAUGUACUGGAAGAGAAUUGAGUAGACGCGUAUGAAACCCCGUCAUCUAUUGGAAGGAUCAGGAUUUUGACCUUGUGGCUCAGGGCCAGCCCUGGCUUUCUCUCCUGUUAGCUGCAUUUACCUGGAAUACCAGGUAGAAAUUGGUCAAAGAGUGAAUUCAUAUGGCUUAGAAGAACAACUGACAGGCUUUGAGUUCCAACAGACCACGUGCCAUUAUGACCCCAGAGCAUAUACUCUUUUAAUUGCAAUGAAUCAUGCUAUUAGCUGAUUUUACAGAUUGUGUUGUCACCAUUUUUGGUAGGUGCUUUUCGAUCACACUGGUUACUGCUGUGUUCAGAAUGGAACACAUGAAUGAAAAAAGAUCCCAAAGCUAAUUUAAGCUGUCUGUUUAUUUUAACUCACAGAGAUUAUGUCCAAUUAGAGAUUUCCAAAGUAAGAGACCAGAUGUAAUCGAAAUCCGACUGCCUGAAUCACUUCAGGUAGUGUGGUGUGUAAAAAGCAUUUGCCGCUCCAAAUAAUGUGCCAUCCAGGAUCCUUUCUUGUGCACAAUGUUAUGAAGAUGCUAGAUAGUGUCACAGCCCCACUAAAUUGGAUUUUAUGCCUGUACUCUAUUGUAUUAGAUUAUGAUUAGAAUCCAAACCAGAUUACUAUAAAUGCAUGUGAUUAGCAUGUUUAAAAUAUGUUAAACUUUAUCAGGACACAAUCUACAGCCAGGUGUGAAGGGGCUCUGAAGUGUUUUAUUCUUAUGUGGUUUAAUACAAUUUUCACAUUCACCAUUCACAUUACACAGGAGGCAGUGUUGUACCUGAUGUAGCACUGACAAACAACAAGCUAAUACAGUAGCUACCUGACAGCAGUGACCUGACAGUUUGCUGUAUAUCCCAGUUUAUGUGUAGUUGCUCUUUAGCUAAUACUGUAGAAAGAGAUUUGUAAGAUCCCUCCUCACUAUUUUUAAAGCGUUGGCUAACAGUUGUCUAAUAACAGUUUGUACUGUGCCAAUUUUUACCAGCAAGUGUCUUCUCCUUCCUUUUCUUCAAUUACCUUGCGGCAUGUGCCAUCAUGAGGGAGGAACAGAAACAACCACUUACAACAUCUGACAGCAGCAUUCAGGCUGUGCAGAGAAGCGUCCCCUUUAUUCUAAAUUACAGCCCUAAUCCGCAGAAUGCCAAGGCACCUGGUGAUUAGCCAUGCUACGACUCAGUACAGAGGGAGGAAAAAAAGGAAAGAGAGAGGAAGGAAGCAUGAAAUGUUCUUUGCAUCAUCCAAACAAAGGAUCUGUGUGGACUGACGUCAGGUUUUGUGGACUUCAAUAAAGGACACAAAAAUAGGUGGAAUUAAAGGGAACACAAUGUGCACACUGUAGAGAAAUUUAUAGUUUAUUAAAGAGCAAAAGUAUGUAUGUAUUUUAUUUGGGCACUUUAUUAUUCUUAAUGUCUUUUUAUGCGUAAAUAUUAAUGUCUUCUGGGGUGAGCCAAAGUUAUUCUGCAAUGACUUCGUUGCUUAAAGUCAAAGCUCUGGGGGAGGAAGCGAUAUCCUUGCUAGGUACUGUAAGACUGUAGCAUUAGCUGGUAGCAUUCGCAUGACUAAUUUAAACUUCACUAACAACCAUGAUAAGACUUAGCAUGAGCUUUAUGCUGCACAGAAGGAAGAGUA